AUGAGUGUGCUCAACCGCUACAGCAUCGUGUCGUCCGAGGAAGAGGGGCUCCGCCUCACUACCAUGCAUGGCAUGAACGGCUUUGGCAAUGGCAAGAUCCACACACGCCGAAAGUGCCGCAACCGCUUCGUGAAGAAGAACGGCCAGUGCAAUGUGCAAUUUGCCAAUAUGGACGACAAGUCGCAGCGCUACAUAGCUGACAUCUUCACCACGUGUGUUGACAUUCGCUGGCGAUGGAUGCUGAUUGUCUUCAGUCUUGUGUUUGUUAUCUCCUGGCUGGCCUUCGGGGUAGCCUUUUGGGUCAUUGCUUUGCUUCAUGGAGAUCUGGAUAACCCAGCAGGAGACGAUAACUUCACUCCCUGCGUCCUACAGGUCAAUGGAUUUGUGGCUGCCUUUCUAUUCUCCAUUGAAACACAGUCCACUAUAGGUUACGGCUACCGCUGCGUGACAGAGGAGUGCCCAGUGGCGGUCUUCAUGGUGGUCGUUCAGUCGAUCGUGGGCUGUAUCAUUGACUGCUUCAUGAUUGGUGCCAUCAUGGCUAAAAUGGCGAGGCCUAAGAAGCGAGCACAAACACUCCUGUUCAGCCACAACGCUGUCAUUGCCAUGCGGGAUGGAAAACUGUGUCUCAUGUGGAGGGUUGGGAAUCUGCGUAAGAGCCACAUUGUAGAGGCCCACGUCAGAGCACAGCUUAUCAAGCCUCGAAUUACUGACGAGGGGGAAUUCAUUCCUCUGGAUCAGAUAGACAUUAAUGUAGGCUUCGACAAAGGAUUGGACAGGAUUUUCUUAGUGUCACCCAUAACAAUUCUCCAUGAGAUCGAUGAGGAGAGCCCUCUUUUUGGGAUCAGCAAACAGGACUUGGAGACGGCAGACUUUGAGAUCAUUGUCAUCUUGGAGGGGAUGGUGGAAGCAACCGCCAUGACCACGCAGGCACGCAGCUCCUACUUGGCUUCCGAGAUCCUCUGGGGUCACAGGUUUGAGCCGGUCCUGUUUGAAGAGAAGAACCUGUACAAGGUGGAUUAUUCUCACUUUCACAAAACCUACGAGGUCCCAUCCACCCCGCGCUGCAGUGCCAAGGAAAUGGUGGAGAACAAGUUCCUCGUGCCCAGCUCUAAUACCUUCUGCUAUGAGAACGAGCUGGCCUUCCUCAAUCGGGAUGACGAGGAGGAGGAGGAGGAGGAGGGUUUAGACGAUGGGAGCAGGGCGCUGGCGAGUGUCAGUCCAGACAGGAACAGCCGACACGAGUUUGAACGCUUACAGGCGACGAGGGCGAUGGAUCAAAGAUCAUACCGGAGGGAGUCAGAGAUAUGA